AUGGCACGAGCCCAGGACGGGAUCCUGAAGCACAUGCUGCGCAUGACGGAGCUCUGCCACGCGCCCAGGCAUGCUGACCCCCUGUUGCAUGAACCUGCCAUGAGAAAACGGAUGGCGCGCGCACAGGACGGCAUUCUGAAGCACAUGCUGCGCAUGAUGGAGCUCUGCCACGCGCGCAUGCCACUCUGUCCCCGUUGUGCACGUUUAGACCCCGUCCCGCUGCCACCUCUGCCCCUCCCACAACCACCCCCACCCCUGCAGGAACCAGCGAUGCGGAAGAGGAUGGCACGAGCACAGGACGGCAUUCUGAAGCACAUGCUGCGCAUGAUGGAGCUCUGCCACGCGCGCGGGUUUGUGUACGGCGUCAUUCCCGAGGCUGGCAAGCCGGUUGGGGGCAGCUCCGACAACCUCCGAGCCUGGUGGAAGGACAAGGUUCGGUUCGACAAGAACGGCCCGGCAGCUCUGGCCAAGUUUGAGGCGGAACGGGCGGCGGCCAUGGGGGGAGGCGCAGGGGGAGGGGAGGGCGGGGGAGGCGCAGGGGGAUUGGCGCCCACUUGCAUGCCUCUACAUUCACUUUUGGAGUUGCAGGAUACCACGCUUGGUUCCCUGCUGUCUGCUCUCAUGCAGGUUCGGUUCGACAAGAACGGCCCGGCAGCCCUGGCCAAGUUUGAGGCGGAACGGGCGGCGGCCAUGGGGGGAGGCAGAGGGGGAGGGGAGGGCGCUCUCUUCCUCUUCCACACUUCCUCUUCCACACUUCCUCUUCCACACUUCCUCUUCCACACUUCCUCUUCCACACUUCCUCUUCCACACUUCCUCUUCCACACUUCCUCUUCCACACUUCCUCUUCCACACUUCCUCUUCCACACUUUCUCUCCAUUCUUCCUUCAUUCGCCGCUUCUCCCCCUCCCUUACCCCUCUUUCCCCCUUUUUUCCCACCUUCCUGCCCCCCUCCCUCCCUCUUGCAUCCCAACACUGCUCCCCCCCUCAGCGCAAUUCCCUUCACUCACCUCCAUCGCCCCACCUCGAUCCCACUCUCCCCACCUCGAUUCCCCCCCAUACCAGCACUGCUCUCCACCCCAGCGUAAAUUUCCUCUAGACAAGGGAGUUGCACCCCCCUGGUGGCCGCCAGGCAACAAGCCCUGGUGGGGCGCUCUCUCCCACUUCCACUUCCCCCGCCCGUUUUUCUCCUGCCUUAUCCGCUUCUUCCCCUUUUCCACACCCUCUUCUCUCCCCUCCUACUUUCCCCCAUACCAGCACUGUUCUCCCCCCCAGCGCAAAUUUCCUCUGGAUAAAGGCGUUGCUCCCCCCUGGUGGUCGUCAGGCAACGAGCCCUGGUGGGGCGCUCUCUCCCAGGGGCUGCUGAGCCCUCUAGUUCCCUCUACCUCAACCUUACCCCACUCUUCCUGCCUUGUCCUCUUCCUCCCCCCAUCCCAGCACUGCUCCCCCCCUCAGCGCAAGUUCCCUCUAGACAAGGGCGUAGCCCCCCCUUGGUGGCCGUCAGGCAACGAGCCCUGGUGGGCCGCCCUCUCCCAGGGGCUCGGGCUGAGUCAAAUCACGAGUCCGGGCGGCGCGGGAGAGUCGGGACUGCCGCCCUACCGCAAGCCGCAUGAUCUGAAGAAGGUGGCCAAGGCGGCCGUGCUGGCGACAGUGAUCAAACACAUGCUGCCGGAUGUGGCUAAGAUAAGGCGACUCAUUCGCCAGAACAAGGGGCUGCAGAACAAGAUGUCAGCACAGGAGACGAGCAUUUGGCUGGCAAUACUGAACAACGAAGAGCGAGCCAUCAAGCUCCAAAACGGUGACCUGUCUACUGUUGCUGCUGCUGGUACUGCAGCUGGUGCUGGUGGUACUGCUAGUGCUGCUGGUGUUAGUGUUGGUAAUGGGACCGGGCAGGAGAGAAGUUCCAGCGAGCUGCCCGCGGGCAGGUCGGUGAACAACUUGCAGCUUCUUGAGGGCAGAGGAGCUGCAACCAGCUCGGGCGGGCAGCAAAACGGGCAGAGAAAAACAGGAACUGGCGCUGCAGCAGCAGGAGGAGGAGGAGGAGGAGGAGGAGGAGGAGGAGGAGGGGGUGGAGGAGGAGGAGGAGAGGAGGAGGAUGGGGAUGAGUGGGAUAUAGAAGAGGAUUAUGAUCCGUACAGCAGCGACGGGCAGCGGCAGAAGAAGAGAAGGCAGAGAAGAAUGGCAGGAGUAGGGGGAGUGGGGGGAGGGGGAGGAGCGGGAGUGGGGGGAGUGGCGGGGGUAGGGGCAGGGGGGAUGGUGGGAGUAGGGGGUGCAUGGGCAGGGGGAAUGGCAGGAGCGGGAGUUUCUGCUGCUGCUGGGGACGUUGGGGGGAUAGUAGAAGGGGGAGGGGUGGGAGGGGGGAUGAUGAUGUUGUUGGGUGGGGGAGAGGAUGGGAGCAGGCAGCAAGGAGAGCCGUUGGUGGUGGUGCAGACUGCUGAGCUGGUCAGGGAGGUUCGGGACGGUGCUUGGCAGUUGAGUACGGUGCAGGACGGUUCUGUGCAGUUGAGUGCGGUGCCAGACGGUGCUGGACAGGUGCAAUCACAGGUGCAACCCCAGGUGGUGCAAUCACAGGUGGUGCAAUCACAGGCAGCGGUACGUAGUAGCAUGCAUUCUUCGGCAUGGCAGUCACAAGCACAAGCAGCACAGUUUUCCCAAGCCUCUGCUCCAGGCACGGUAAUGCCGAACCAGCAGCCGGACCAGCAGAUGUACCAGCAGCCAUACCAGCUGCACCCGAACCAGCAUCCAAGCCAGCACCGAAACCAACACCCUAGUCAGCAGCAGCAGCAGCAGCUAUUCCUGCCGUUGAUGCAGAUGCAAUCAAUGGCUGAUGAUGCUCCUGCUUAUGCCCAUGCCGGUGCUUUUAUUGCUCCCCCACCUCACUCCUCCACACUCCCCUCCUCACUUCCCUCAUCACUUCCCUCCUCUCUCCCUCAUGCCACCUCUCACCCGCUCUUGACCCCACACACUCGCCUCCUCCCUCCUCACCUCCACACUUACUCACAUCCCUACUCCCAACAACACCACCUCAUUCCCUCCCAGUCUCUGCCGAACCUCCCUGCCGAGCCUCCAUCCCAAGGCUCGGCAAUGGUGCCAACUUUGUCACUUGUUCUGGAGGGGGGAGCAGAGGCGGACUUGGGGGAAAUGCUUGGGGGGAAUGAGAAGGGGAGAGGAGACGAGGGGGAAAGGGAGGUUGCUGGUGCUGCUGUUUGCACUGAUAGUUCCCGGAUUGGCGAAGUCCCACAAACGGCUUCUGCUGCUGCUGCUGCUGCUGCUGCUGCUGCCGCUGCUGGUGCUGGUAGUGCUGGCAACGCUGCAUGUGCGGCAGCAGGAGUAACACCAACGGCGGGGUUGAGAGCAGCAGUAGCAUCAGCGGCGCAAGGAGCAGGAGCAACAGGAGUGGAGGAGAGACAUCAGCCACCGCAGCAGCAGCAGCAGCAGCAGCAGCAGCAGCAGCAGCAGCAGAAGCAGUUUCACCUGUCGGGUUCCGCAACCCAACUCCUGGCAGCAACCCUGGGCGUUGCAGGGAGGGGACAUGAGGGUCCGCCUGAGUUAGGUUCACUUUCCCAACCCCCACAUUCGCACUCUCUCCUUCAGCAAUCCCACUCCCCCCUGCAGCAUUCCCACACGUAUCCUGAGGCCAGGCGGCCCCAUAUAGUUGUCCGCAGCCCAUCACAGGGUGCCACGUGGCAGAGUGGGAGGGAGGCCGUGAGGGGAGGCGGAGGUGGGCGGGAGGGAGAAGGCAGGGGAGAGGAGGCGAGAUCAUUGCAGCAGCAACAGCAGCAGGAGCAGCAAGGGGAGCAAGUGGGUGCCGCAUUAACUCAUUCUGAUGGUGAUGCAGGAGGAAACGUUGCUGCUGCUGGUGCUCCUGCUGCUGCUGCUGCUGCUGCUGCUGCUGCUGCUGCUGCUGCUGCUGCUGCUGCUGCUGCUGCUGCUGCUGCUGGGGCUGGGGCUGGGGCUGUUGCUAAUACAGAUGCUUCUGUUCUUCAGGACAAUACAGCUGCUGUGCCCACUCUCCCUGGUGCUGCUGAAUCUACCGCUAUUGCGACUGACUUCAAUGCUAGCACUCCUGAUGGCAGACGCACAGCCGAGCUUCGGUUGAGGAGGGGGGGAGUGGUAGAAGGGGAAGAGGAGGGGAGAGAGGAGAGGAGAGAGGAGGGGAAAGAGGAGGGGAAAGAGGAGGGGAGGAAGGAGGGGAGAGAGGAGAGGGGGGAGAGGAAGAGAUAG